AUGGCCGAUGAUCUCACGCUCUACACCUACUUCCGCUCGUCCUGCUCAGCGCGGGUCCGCAUCGCCCUCCACCUCAAGGGCCUCACUUUCACAUCCGUCUACGUCAAUCUCCUUAAAGGCGAGCAGUCUUCCGCCGAACACAAAGAAAUCAAUCCCUCAGGAACCGUCCCAGCACUCGUGGUCAAGCGUGUCUCUGCCAAGCCCUUAACAAUUACCCAGUCUCUCGCUGCACUGGAAUACCUCGACGAGGCAUUCCCAGACACAACACCCCUCCUCCCCUCAGACCCAGAAACUCGCGCUACAGUGCGCAGUCUCGCAUCUAUCAUUGCAUGCGAUGUCCAGCCCGUGACGAAUCUGAAGAUCCUGAAGCGCGUGGCCCCGCUCGGCGCUGAUCGGGAGGGCUGGUCGAGGGAUUUGAUCGAGGAUGGUCUGCGCGCAUAUGAGGCUAUUGCUGCCAAGUCGGCGGGCAAGUUUAGUGUUGGGGACACGAUCUCCCUGGCGGAUGUAUGUCUGAUUCCGGCGGCUUGGGGUGCUGAGCGGGUGGGCGUGGAUUUGAAAAUGUUUCCGGUUGUGAAUGAGAUUGUGCAACGUUUGGAGGGGGAGAGUGCCGUAAAGGCGGGGCAUUGGAGAAGUCAAAAGGAUACGCCAGAGGAAUUUAGAGUAAAGCAGUAG